AUGUUCGCCGUUGAUGGUUACACUGGUCCUCUCUACAAGUACGACGUAUGCAAGAUGUACGCAGCGAUACUCAAGAGCAGUAACUUCAUGAUCCCAAUCAAGCGUGGCGAGUUCAAGCAGCUGGCAGACGACGACAUCAAGCCACCACCAUUCGGUAUCUAUCGAGCAACCAUCAUUGGCGAACACCGAGCAUUCAAGACUAACAAGCAUAACUACUACACUAGCUAUGAUCUAGCAUUGGCAACAGAACUCGGAUUGACGUACAGCCUCAAGAUCGACAACAAGCCCAACGCACUGCUCUAUGGUCCAGAGUGCCGUAUCUACUCUGUGACACUGUUUGGACAGUACAUCGAUCAAGUGCUUGGAUGGAUCAAAGCAGGAGUACCAAGAUCAAAGGAAUUAUACCAACGUCUUUGGGGAGCGCUGUCCAAGCGCAACAAGAUCAAAAAACACAUCAAGUCAAUCAGCGAAGAGCAGUCAACAGCCACGUACGAUGUCAAGCUUCCAGACAACUUCAUAAUCGAUAAGAUCACACCGACAGCGAAUGGCAACGUGAUGGUCAAGGGAGUGAGCAAUACAGACAUGUUCGACACUCCUUGGGCUCGCAUCAUGCCAUUUAUCAUAUCACGAGGACGCAAGAUGAUCGGUACUAUCAUCAAGGACGACAUUGAUUGUGUUAUGCGCGCACACACUGACGGUUGGUGCAUGACAAAGCCAUGGAAACAAUCAUCAUUAUAG